AUGCCUAUCGUGACUCCUUUGACGAAGCUUCUCGGAAUCCGUGUGCCCGUGGUGCAAGGAGGCAUGCAAUGGGUGGGCGUACCUCAAUUAGCUGCAGCUGUCUCUAACGCCGGGGGUCUGGGUAUCUUGACUGCACUUACCCAACCCUCCCCGGAGGCGCUGCGAACUGCCAUCAGAGACACCCGUAAACUCACCUCCAAGCCCUUCGGCGUGAAUAUCACGUUGCUGCCGAGCAUCACCCCGCCGGAUUACGCUGGAUACGCGAGGGCCGCUGUCGAGGAAGGUGUGCGGAUAUUCGAGACUGCUGGAAACAACCCUGGUCCCAUCAUCAAGUAUCUCAAGGACAACAAGUGCAUCGUCUUGCACAAAUGCACCACCAUCAGACACGCUAAGUCUGCUGAGAAACACGGAGUCGAUGUGUUGAGUGUUGACGGGUUUGAAUGUGCCGGCCACCCGGGUGAAGAGGAUAUUGGAGGCCUUGUUCUGCUUGCUAGAGCCGUGAAGGAACUCAGUGUACCGUUCAUUGCUUCAGGCGGUAUCGCUGAUGCCCGCGGGAUUGCUGCCGCCUUAGCUUUGGGAGCUGCUGGUGUGAAUAUGGGCACACGGUUCAUGGCUACGGUUGAAAGCCCAAUACAUCAAAAUAUCAAGGACAAGAUCGUUGCAUCAACCGAGAGAGACACCACCCACAUUUUCCGCACUCUACACAACACCGCCCGUGUUUUCAAGAACAAGGUCGCAAUGGAGGUAGUGGCCAUUGAACGCCGACCGGGCGGCGCCAAGUUUGAGGAUAUCAGAGACUUGGUUUCUGGCGCUCGUGGACGGCUAGUGUAUGAGAACGGUGAUGCUGACUAUGGAAUCUGGUCCGCCGGUAUUGCCAUUGGGCUCAUCAACGAUAUCCCAACCUGCGAACAGCUCCUGAACACAUUAGAAAGCGAGACUGAGGAGAUUAUUGGUGGGCUACAGGGAUUGGUAGUGUCGAAGUCGAAGCUUUGA